AUGCCAAAACAGACACUGUCUUCUUUGUCUGUGUUUACAUCUCUUUCCCAUCGCCAUAACUUCAGCUCUAGCGCCAGGGGUGGCAGCCAGCAGAAUGAACAGGAGCUCGCCACGAAGACGCUGUUCAUUCAGCACAAGCGUUUCUACCUGGACGUCAAGCAGAACCAUCGUGGACGAUUCAUUAAAGUGGCUGAGGUGGGCACUGCUGGACGCAAGAGUCGACUACUUCUGUCCAUGUCGGCAGCUAGAGAGUUCAGGGAUCAUCUAACUUCCUUCUCGGAACUCUAUGCGUCUCUAGGACCGCCAAAUCUGGACAACUUCCCUGAGGAUGGCAAGAUCAAGUCGGAGAUUAUCAUCAAGGAGAAUAGAAGAUACUUUCUGGACUUGAAGGAAAAUCCGCGUGGUCGUUUUCUCAGAGUUUCUCAGUCGAUUUCGCACGGCGGACCGCGAACUCAGAUUGCCAUUCCUGCACAGGGAAUGAUCGAGUUCAGGGAUGCACUCACUGACUUGCUGGAUGAAUUUGGCGGCGAUGAUGCAGGCGAAGACACUGGCUUCAGAGAAACUCUGCCCGAUAGCACCAACUUCCGCGUCGAGAACAAAAAGUUCUACUUUGACGUUGGUCAAAACAAAAUUGGCGUCUUUAUGCGUAUCUCUGAGGUCAAGAGCAACACACGUUCGUCUAUCACCAUUCCAGAACGGUCCUGGGCACGCUUCAGAGACAUCUUUGCGGAUUACGUUGACAAGAUCAACUCACCGAGUGCCGCCAACUCGGCAGUGGAGGGUGACAAGGCUGGCAAAAGCACCUCAAGCAACGGCAACUCCAAAUAA